UCUCAUGUAAAACAUUUAAAAAGACGAAGGACUUGGCACAGUCCUUUUAUGUCAGGUUUUGACUUGAGUGCAUGUGCUCUUAAAUUAAAAUGUCAGAUUACUAAUUUCAUUGGAACAGUUGAACUGCAUCAAUGACUUGCAAUGACAAAGAUUGAUAGUAAACAUGUUAAUGAAAGGUAUUAUCUUCUGCCUAUCUGUGUUACUCCCAUAGAUUUCUGACUGGUACACAAUCCAUGCCCAACUCAGGCUGCAGGUCGUCAAUGCUCAACUGGAAGUCUAUGACUAUAAAUACAAGUUAGUUUGUUUAUAGUAAAUGUGUAUGUGUGUGGAUCCACUGUGUCCUGAAAGUCCACCAUGAAGUAUUGCGCAAACAAGGGCAUGAAUUUUGGUUACAAGUCAAUUGCAUUAUUUUUCUUGCUCAUGUAAUCUUUGAAUGGUCACACGUGUAUGGACAAGAAUGAAAUUCACACAAACACACUGAGGCACCUGCAGAGUGUUCAGCAUGAGUUAAUCUAUAGGAAAGGAGAUCUGCACAUCCAACUGGAUGGAAACCUAGAGGAAAUGGAACUCCUCAAGAACAACCAAGAGGAGGAAGUGCAGGAAGUGAUGGCCCAGAUGUCUGGGUUGGUUAACGUUGCGAUGGACUGUGCUCACUCAGUGGACCUGAAUGAUAAACUGAGUCGCCUAAGGGAGCAGUGUGUGGCGAUGGUCCUGAAGAACAAAACAGAGGCAAAACAGAGAGCUGGUUUCAGAGCAAGGUGGACAGCAUGAAGACCCAAGUGACCAUCUGUUCCAAUGGGUCCAAGGUCAGGUAGACAGAGAUAGAUGACCUAAUGAGAAUUGUCCAGAACCUAACUCUGGAGUUGCAGCUACUGGAGACCCAGAAUCUGUCAAUGGAGAGGGACGAGAUGGAAGUGAACGAGAAAUACAGUGUUCACCUCAAUCGGCUUCAGCAGCACUUAGACAGCCUGGAGGAGGAGGAGCUGCUGCAGCUAUGUACAGCCACAGAGCAGCAGGCGGUCCCUGUACCAGAUGCUACUGGACAUCAAUAUCAGGCUGGAGCGGGUGAUUGCUGAGUACAGGAGGCUGCUGGAUGGAGGGGGAGCCAGCAGGAAAUCAAGCGCCAACGCCAUGGCUAGUGUCACGUCUCACUGUGCAAUGAGCAAUGGAACUACCUUCCAACACAUCUUCAUGCCAAUUCAGAGUUCCUCCAUUAGCGUACCAAGAGCAAGUGUGCCAAGUAUUAGUGAGACCUCAAGCAGUUUGGAAAAUGGAGGACAAGUGGUAGGUGCAGCCAUUGGGGGCACAGGUUACCCGUGUGCAGAAAGUAUCUCUGUACAACGCCUUUGAUAAAAGAGUACAGUGUACACAAACUACUAAUCAGGUUAGCACUGUAAAAGAAGACCAAAGCAAGAGUUUAGAAAGUGGGCACCAAGUUGAAUAUUCAGAGAGUUGCGCCAACACCAGCUCUGCACAACAUGGAGCUAGCGCUAACACCAGCUCUGCACAACAUGGAGCUUGCGCUAACACCAGCUCUGCACAACAUGGAGCUUGCGCUAACACCAGCUCUGCACAACAUGGAGCUAGGGCUAACACCAGCUCUGCACAACAUGGAGCUAGCGCUAACACCAGCUCUGCACAACAUGGAGCUUGCGCUAACACCAGCUCUGCACAACAUGGAGCUAGGGCUAACACCAGCUCUGCACAACAUGGCGCUAGCGCUAACACCAGCUCUGCACAACAUGGAGCUUGCGCUAACACCAGCUCUGCACAACAUGGAGCUAGGGCUAACACCAGCUCUGCACAACAUGGAGCUCACGUGAGCAGCGUUGAGGGUAAAACCACCACUGUCAGUAGAGUCAGACCACUUGAUAAAAUCAGUGUGAUUAUUUCAACAGCUCAGAUUAGCGAAGAUGCAUCUCAAAUGAAAGACACAGAAGUUGUUCAGAUCACUAGUAGCGAUGUUGAUGUUACCAAUGUUAACUGUGGAGGACCGACUGUUAGCAAGGUGAAUAGUGCAGGAAGUGGACACAUGAUAACUAGUGCAUGAAGUGGACACAUGAUAACUAGUGCAUGAAGUGGACACAUGAUAACUAGUGCAGGAAGUGGAGGUAGACCAAGUAGCACAGGAAGUGGAGAAUGGGUGGUUUAUGGUAGAAGUACAGGAACAUUCAGUGGUCCAGGUAGAGGAGGCAGACUCAGUGGUCCAGGUAGUGGAGUCAGACUCAGUGGUCCAGGUAGCGGAGACAGACUCAGUGGUCCAGAUAGUGGAGUCAGACUCAGUGGUCCAGAUAGCGGAGACAGACUCAGUGGUCCAUGUAGUGGAGACAGACUCAGUGGUCCAUGUAGUGGAGACAGACUCAGUGGUCCAGGUAGUGGAGUCAGACUCAGUGGUCCAGGUAGUGGCGGCAGACUCAAUGGUCCAGAUAGUGGAGGCAGACUCAGUGGUCCAGAUAGUGGAGGCAGACUCAGUGGUCCAGAUAGUGGAGGCAGACUCAGUGGUCCAGAUAGUGGCGUCAGACUCAGUGGUCCAGAUAGUGGAGGCAGACUCAGUGGUCCAGAUAGUGGAGGCAGACUCAGUGGUCCAGGUAGUGGAGGCAGACUCAGUGGUCCAGAUAGAGGAGUCAGACUCAGUGGUCCAGGUAGUGGAGGCAGACUCAGUGGUCCAGAUAGUGGAGGCAGACUCAGUGGUCCAGGUAACGGAGGUAGACUCAGUAGUGCAGGUAGCGGAGGCAGACUCAGUAGUGCAGGUAGCGGAGGCAGACUCAGUGGUCCAGAUAGGGGAGGCAGACUCAGAGGUCCAGAUAGGGGAGUCAGACUCAGUGGUCCAGGUAGCGGAGGCAGACUCAGUAGUGCAGGUAGCGGAGGCAGACUCAGUGGUCCAGAUAGGGGAGUCAGACUCAGUGGUCCAGAUAGUGGAGGCAGACUCAGUGGUCCAGAUAGCGGAGGCAGACUCAGUGGUCCAGGUAGCGGAGGCAGACUCAGUAGUGCAGGUAGCAGAGGCAGACUCAGUAGUGCAGGUAGCGGUGGCAGACUCAGUGGUCCAGGUAGCGGAGGCAGACUCAGUGGUCCACGUAGUGGAGGCAGACUCAGUGGUCCAGGUAGCGGAGGCAGACUCAGUAGUGCAGGUAGCGGAGACAGACUCAGUGGUCCAGAUAAGUGGUAACAGCGGUGGAGAUCAAAUGAAAUGUAAUAGUAUCGUCAAUGGAGUCUGGACCCAUGUCAAUUCCGAAAGUGUCUCUCAGUUUAACAGAAAAGCGAGCAAUGAGAGGGCUGGUAGACUUAGCAGUGCAGGAAGUGGAGAAUGGAAGGUUUAUAGUGGAAAUAAUGGACAGAUCAGUAAGGCAGGAAGUGGGGGAAGAAUCAGCAGUGCUGGAAGUGGACACUUUAUCAGUAGUGCUGGAAAUGGAGGUCAACUAAGUAGUAGAAGCACAGGAAGUGGCGGUAGACUAAGUAGUGCAGGUAGUGGACAUAUGAUCAGCAGUGCUGCAGGAAGUAAAGGUAGACUGAGUAGCAGUAUCACAGGAAGUGGAGGUAGUGGACAUAUGAUCAGUAGUGCUGCAGGAAGUAGAGGUAGACUGAGUAGCAGUAUCACAGUGGCGGGAAGUGGAGGUAGUGGACAUAUGAUCAGUAGUGCUGCAGGAAGUAGAGGUAGACUGAGUAGCAGUAUCACAGGAAGUGGAGGUAGUGGACAUAUGAUCAGCAGUGCUGCAGGAAGUAGAGGUAGACUGAGUAGCAGUAUCACAGGAAGUGGAGGUAGUGGACAUAUGAUCAGCAGUGCUGCAGGAAGUAGAGGUAGACUGAGUAGCAGUAUCACAGGAAGUGGAGGUAGUGGACAUAUGAUCAGCAGUGCUGCAGGAAGUAGAGGUAGACUGAGUAGCAGUAUCACAGGAAGUGGAGGUAGUGGACAUAUGAUCAGUAGUGCAGGUACUAGUGGACAGAGAAUUAGUAGUACAGAGGGUGGUGUCAGGGUCAGCAGUGGGGGUAGUCGAGUGAUUACCAGCAGUGGUGGUCCAGCCAGCAGCCGCAGCAGAGUGACCAUCAGGAACACAGGAAGCGGAGGAAGUGGAGGCAGAGAGCAGAUCAGCGUCUGUAAAAUGGCCGCCCUCUCCAUAUCACCUGCCGUGAAAGAAAAAUAA